AUGUGAGUAAUAGGCCUAAUGCCAACUGCGUGUCUCCUUAAAGCAACAUUGUAGCUGUGGCACAUGAUAGCCUACUUUCCUCUGACAGAUGCUCGAUCUUGAAAUGUCGCCUGGAGCGUGCGAGACUGCAGCAUGACGCUCGACUACAGCUUUAACCCGCGCGCUUCACCCGCUAUAUCAGUAAAGGCUGUUAUUGUUUACAAACGAGCGACUUUCUGUGCAUUUGUAACGCUACGUAUAGCGGGUUAAGUAAUACUGACAAGCUUACUUUUGACAGUACAGGUCUUCCGGCAGCAUUAAAUCAUCAGCUGCACUGUAGAGGAUUAUCACUGGACUCACAGAUCCGAGCGGUUAAUGUCGCGUGUGAAUCGCGUUAUUCCACUUUAUUCCUUCAUCGUGUCGUCACGGAAUAAACCCAGAUUCAGGCAUGACAGAGACGCGUGUUUCGCGCUGGUAUUUCGGAGGAAUUGCCUCGUGUGCGGCCGCCUGUUGCACUCACCCACUGGACUUGAUCAAGGUUCAUCUGCAAACCCAGCAGGAGGUGAAGAUGAGGAUGACUAGCAUGGCCACGCAGGUGGUGCGCAGUGAUGGGCUGUUAGCGCUCUACAACGGGCUCAGUGCCUCCCUCUGCAGGCAGAUGACUUACUCAAUGACCCGCUUUGCCAUUUAUGAAACUGUGAGAGACAAGAACUCCAGUCGAAACCAGGGGCCCAUGCCCUUCUACCAGAAGAUCUUACUGGCUGCUUUUGGAGGUCUUACUGGAGGGUUUAUUGGGACGCCAGCAGACAUGGUUAAUGUCAGAAUGCAGAAUGAUGUGAAGUUGCCACCUGAGCUUAGAAGAAACUAUGCACACGCUCUUGAUGGAUUGUUGCGCGUCUGGAAUGAAGAGGGAAUAAGAAAGCUGUUCUCUGGAGCCUCAAUGGCAGCUAGUAGAGGAGCCAUGGUCACUGUGGGGCAGCUCUCCUGUUAUGACCAGGCCAAGCAGCUGCUUCUGGGAACUGGUCUGAUGACUGAUAACAUUUUCACUCACAUUUUUGCAAGCCUCAUUGCGGGAGGCUGUGCUACUGUUCUCUGUCAGCCCAUGGAUGUGGUGAAAACCAGGCUGAUGAAUUCAAAAGAGGAAUACAGGGGGGUGAUUCAUUGUCUGACCGACACUGGAAAACUUGGACCUAAAGCUUUCUACAAGGGUCUUGUCCCAGCUGGAAUCCGUCUGAUUCCUCACACUGUACUAACUUUCAUCUUUCUGGAGCAGCUCCGAUUGUACUUUGGCAUUAGAGUUGUCACCUCUACAUGAACUCUGACCCACAGGCUCCUGGUAUUAACAUCAGUUUCAGGUGAUCCGUUCACAAGAAGACAGCACUAAAUCCAGGUGUUAAUGGGGUCCAAAACAUUCUGUGUUCAAAUCACUGAAAUGACAUAUAGUGGACAGAAAAGCAUGUGAACACUUUGCUUUUGUAGUGUAAACCUAUUUGGACAUCCAUGAAAGAUCACCUAUUCACCUGACAGUCAUUCAUUGUGCUAAAACAAUGGUUUUCCAGUCAUUUGAGGCUUUAAAAGAUUGAUUCGAAAUACUUGGAAAAGUCCAUAUAAGUACAUGCACAAGCACUUUUCUUGUGGUUAAUCAGCAUGGUGACCACAUGCGACUGAAUCAACCAAGAUGGAUGUUUCUACCAGGUGUAAAUAGGACAAAAACAGCGUCUUAAGAGAAAAUGCAGAGAGCGUGACACUCUCCACAGUAGGACGUAGAGCAAUGGGCAGUAGAUAGAGUGAAGUACUGGCCAAGGAAUUUGAUUCAGGAGGAGAAAAUUUGAUAGCUUCUUUAGCUGUGUGUCCUUUUUGCUAAUACAUUUUUGCAGUGCCAUUAAUAUUGACAUUCAAGUUGCCUGCAUGUGAUAAUGUAUUGCCAUAUCAUGUUAUAUACUUAAUUUAUCAUUUGUGUGAUAGACCUUGACCAUGAUGUUUGUUUCUUUGUGAUAAUAAGAAAAAUACUACCUUUUUCAAUUUACCUUAAAUUGGCAGAAAGCAUAAUUUCAUAAUAUCUCAAUAUCUUAAUGUUUGACCUUUUGUGUGUUCUAUUAUUUGAGGACCCAUCAUAAACCAUAAAUCGGCUGGUGUCAUCACUUUUGUUGCAAUGAAUAAUGUAAUACAUGUAAUGUCCGACAGGUGGCAGUGCUGCUUUAUCAAUGUAGCUCAAUGGCGCGAGUGUUAAAUCACACUGUCAUGAAGGGGGGAAGUGUCUGCAUAUAAUAACCAUGCCUUUGAGAUAUGAUGACAUAAUUACAGCGAUCAGCAUUUUGGGUUUUUCCUUGGUCAAAAAUAAUCUUCCGUGGUGGCCGACUAUAUAGUGAGGAGAGCGAAUAACCUGCAUGAAUGUUUUAUUCAUGCCAAUCACACUUUGUGGAAACUCUGGCAACACUUCACAGCUCGGCUGAAAGAUGACUCUACAGCAGACAUGCAAAACUGUUUGAGUCAGUGGAUCCAAUAGAGGCCUGGAUGUGGCUCUGCACACAUUUCUACUUUGUCCCUGUCCCAUUUCAGCUGGCCAAAUGACCCUUGCACCCUG